AUGGAAGAACAUGAUUAUCAAUUACAUGUAUUGAAAAAAGAAGAAGCUAGGAAAGAAAAACAAACAGAUAAAGCGAAUAAUAGUCUUGUAUUCACAGUAGAUCUUCAAGCAGUUUUAAUGGCACCUAAGUCAAAUGUCAGCACAUUGUACUACAAAACAAAGCUUCAAGUGCAUAAUUUGUGCUUUUAUAAUAAUAUCAGCAAAGAUGGUUAUUGUUUUGUAUGGAAUGAAACGGAAGGGGGGCUUAAUGCAGAUGAGUUUGCUUCUAUUUGGACAUAUUUUAUUGAGAAAAAGAUUCUACCUAAAGUGGAAAACAAAACAGAUAUACGUAUUAUUAUUUAUUCGGAUGGCUGUGGUUAUCAAAAUCGCAAUGUGACUAUGUCAAAUGCGCUAUUAAAUAUGGCAGUUAAAAACAAAAUAACCAUCGAGCAGAAAUAUUUAGAAGUCGGCCAUACACAAAUGGAAGUGGAUGCUACGCAUUCUUUAAUAGAACGGAGAAUGCGUAAUAGAAUCAUAAAUGUUCCUGCGGACUAUGUUCAAAUUAUUGAGUCUGCGCGCAAUAAUCCAUUUGAUGUCAAGUAUUUGGAACAUACUUUUUUCAAAGAUUUCCGUAAUAUUUCGAGCUACAAAAGCAUUCGCCCUGGACGAUCAUCGGGAGACCCUAAAGUCACCGAUAUUCACGCACUCAUGUAUUCUUCAUCGGGAGAAAUUUCAUAUAAGUUGCGGUUUGAAGAGCCAUGGAUGCUGCUACCCCAAAGAAAAAGCCCUUUUUCAGCAAAAAGUUUUGAGGAAAUGCAAAAUUUGCACCAAACUAGACUGAAAAUUAAAGCUCGAAAAUAUGAUGACCUUCAACAAAUUAAAGAAGUCCUGCCAGCAGAUUUCAGAGAAUUUUACAACAAUUUACCGCAUGAUUAA